AUGUCCCCGUCUUCAGAGCCCUUGAAAUGGACGGCUCAACUUCAUGUCGCGCCGUCAAAUCGUCGUCUCGUUGGAGACAAGAUUACCUUGCCACAGUCCGCCCUCGAAUCACUUUUGGCUGCUGCGCCCGUGGUGUCAGUCCAGAAUAACACGAAUAGACAACUGACAUCGUCCUUCGAUCCAUUUAACCCUUAUUCUUUCGCAGCCGAGCGCCGUGCUCGCGAAGCUUUUGAAGACCGUCAGCAACAGUUACCCCAUCCUCUCACUUUCCGCCUUGUCAACCCGCUCAAUGGAAGGGCAGUAUACGCUGGGAUCCGCGAAUUUUCAGCCGCCGAAGGUACAAUAGGCCUGAGCAGCGGUCUGCAAGAGGCGCUGGGCCUGCAAAAUGCCACACGGUCUACUUCCACGACCCGGGAAGGCACUCCAGAUGGUGACGUGGUCAUGACAAAUGGUACAGACACAUCUAAGGGAGAAGUAAUAACUAUACAUGCAAAGCAAUUGGAGAAAGGCACCUAUGUCAAGCUGCGACCCUUGGAGGCUGGGUACGACCCGGAAGAUUGGAAGUCUCUAUUAGAGCGUUAUCUUCGGGAUAACUAUACCACCCUGACCCGCGGAGAGUUGCUUGUCGUGCCUGGUGCACAUCAUGAAAGAUUCCGGUUCUUGGUCGACAAGUUUGAACCAGACGAGGACGGGAUAUGUAUUGUUGAUACCGAUCUCGAGGUCGACAUUGAGCCUUUGAAUGAGGAACAAGCGCGAGAGACUCUGAAGAAGACACUGGCAAAGAAGAACCGGGGCCACGAGUCACCCGAAGGAAGCUCAUUAGGAGGCCCGGUGACGUUUGGGACCGAGAUUCAAGGCAGAGUUCUACCUGGACAAUAUGUCGACUACGAAUUGAAAGAAUGGGACAAAACCCGCGAUUUCGAAGUUACCUUGGAGGCUUUAGACGAUGACACCAGGCUGAAUUUACUGGUUACGCCUUUCUCAGCAAAACAGCGCUCGAAGCCACGCGACGACGAGUACGUCUUCGGUGAUCUCAGUGUACGACCCACGAAGAGAAUGAAACUCUCAUACACCAGCGUCGACCUUGAGGAUGCCGAGGUCUUGAACGUUGCUGUGCACGCGUGGAGUAACGGAAAAGAAGACUCUCAGGAUUCAGCCCGACCAAUCUCCUACAGCCUUCAAGUCUCCGCCCCUGCGCAGACAGACGAUGCAGGCGACGAGACCGGUGCACUGUCUCCCGAUGAUGUGAUGUGCAAGAACUGCCAUCAAGUGGUUCCCAAGCGCACGCUUCCUCUUCAUGAGGCAUUCUGCUACAGGAACAACAUCCUGUGUCCGAAGUGCUCGGAGGUGUUCCUCAAGAAGUCUGACGCCUGGCAAAACCACUGGCACUGUCCCCACGAUGAAGAGCACGGCAACGAUGCUGCUUCGCACGAAAAGCACGACGCCAUCUUCCACCCACAAUCACCUUUGCAAUGCCCAGAAUGUGACUUUCAGGCUUAUGAUGUACCGAUCCUGGCCCACCAUCGAACGACGACUUGUCCAGGGAAAGAAAUCUUAUGCCAAUUCUGUCACUUAGUUGUCCCUCAACAAGGUCCAGAAGACCCUUCCUUUACGGACCCGGAAGUGCUUAUGAGUGGGCUCACUCCCCAUGAGAUGGCUGAUGGUGCACGGACAACAGAAUGCCAUCUCUGCAACAAGAUUGUCAGGCUACGAGACAUGAAAACCCAUCUACGCCUUCACGAUCGCGAAAGGUUCUCCAGACCGAAGUCUAGGCUUUGCUCAAAUCGCAUUUGCGGACGAGUCAUUAAGUCUGAAGACGAGCAAAGAGUGCAGAAAGAGCAGCUCGGCCUGUGCAACGAAUGUUUCGGUCCAUUAUACGUCACAUCCUACGAUCCUGAGGGCAAAAUGUUGCGGCGAAGAAUCGAGAGAAGAUUGCUUCAGCAAUUGACCGGCGGAUGUGGUAAGAGUUGGUGUCGCAACGCGGAGUUCUGCCGAACAGCGUAUAAGAAUGUCCAUGGCGACGAUCGAGUCGUAUCCGCCAAAGAUGGCUUAGCUAUGAUCAAGCCAAUCAUGAACGACCUCGCAAACGGGACGAUCACAUCAUUGAUCUUCUGCGUCGAUGAAGCGAGUCAAUCGCGGAGAAAUCUUGCCGGCAUGAUCAUGGGCGAAGGGGAAUAUGAGCUGGAAUGGUGUGCCAAAGCGCUUGAGGACGAGAAAGGCGAUCUCGACAGAGCCAGGGAAUGGUUGAAGAAUCGGGCUCCAAAGGUUGGUGAGGUAGUUUCGUGA